CGCUCGCGCCGGCAUGCCUCCCGCGGCCUCGGCGGCCAUGCGCGCGCCAGGCGUCCUGCCGCUGCCCACCUCGUCCGACCGCGGCGCGGGCGUCGCGGGCAUGCCGCGCCAGGCGCGCUCGGUGAGCCCAGGGCGGCUGCUGCAGGCGCCCUCGCCGGAGCGGGCGGCGGGGCUGCCGUGGACCUGGGGGGGCCCGCCGCGGGCCGAGCGCGCGGGGUCGCCGCCGGCGGAGUCUCCGCUGCGGCCGCGCGACCUGUCGCGGGAGGUGGCGCACCCGCGGCAGGCUGCUGCGCGAGAUGGAGGACAUGCGGCAGCAGAUCGGCGGGGUGCGCAGCAGCUCGCUGGUGGCGGAGCAGCAGGUGCGCGUGCUGCGCAGCCGCCUCGACAGCCUGAGCAUCAGCUUGCACCCGGAGGUGGCGGACAGCCUGCAGGGGCGACUGGAGCACCUGGAAUGCAGGGUGGACUCCGGCGACCGGUGGCUGUCGCAGCUGGAGGCCAACUGCCAGCGGCAGGCCAGAGGCCACGGCGAGAUGAUCGAGGGCCUCGCCAAGCGCGUCGAGCAGCUCUCCGCGCGCGCUCCCGGCGCGCCGCCGCCCUCCGUGCUGGCCAGCGGGCUCGAGAGCCUCGCCGCGGAGCUGCGGCAGGAGAAGGAGCAACUGCGGGGCCUCGCUCGCGCGCUGGAGGACGAGCGCCGCCAGCGCGAGGAGCUCGGCAAGACGCUGGGCGACGUCAGGGCUGGCAUGGCGGCGGGGCGCGCGGAACGCGCGGCGCUCGGCGGCGAGCUCGAGGCGCUGGGGGAGGCAGUGCGGGAGUCCGCGCAGCUGGGCCUGCGCGAGGCCGGCGCGGCCAUGGAAGCGCUGGAGAGCCGGGUGCGGGAGCAGCUGGAGGCCAUCCGGGCCCUCGCCGAGGAGAGGCCCGAGGGCGGCGACCGGGACCAGACCGAGGCGAACGUCCAGGAACUCGUGGACACAAAGGUCGAGGCUGCCGUCGGCGCCACGCGGGCCGCGCUGCAGCACGAGCUGGACGGGUUCAGCGCGCGGCUGCUGGGGCAGCGCGACGCGCUGCACGACGCGCUCGGGGAUGCCCUGCGGCGCGAGGGCGCGGCGCGCGAGGAGGCGGUGAGCGCCCUGCGCGAGUCCCUGGACUCGCAAACCCGCGGCGAGAAGGCUGUUGGACAAGAGAAGCUGUCCGAGCUGAUCGAGGCCGGCUGCGCCCAACAGCUGGAGGGUUUCUCGCUGCGGCUGGACCAGAUGCAGGACGGCCUCGAGGAGCGCCUGGCGACGCUGGAGGGCUUCCUCGACGCCCUGAGGGACAGCGUCCGCCCCAGGAGCCCGACGGGCCGUCGCCGCAGGGGAGUCGGCAGGCUUGCUGGGCGCGGUCUGCCCCGCUCGGGCCUCCGAGAGCUGCGCCCCGCCCUUUCCCGCCGAGGAACCGCUUCUCCGAGCCCCUCGCGCCCCACUGAGCGCGAGCCCUGCGGGGGCCACCGACGGUGCGGGCGAGGCCCGGCCGCCGCCGCGCGGCCAGGGCCCGCCGCGCUCGCGCGAGCGCUCGCGCGCGACGGGGCUGUGACGGCGCAGGGUCGUGAGCGGGG